AUGGCGCAUUUGAAGAAUCUUCCUUGGGAGCUGAUAGAAGAGAUACUCUCUCGUGUGCCACCUAAAGUUCUUGUCCGAUUCAGAGCCGUAUCUAAGCAAUGGAACGCUCUUUUCGACGACAAGAGGUUCAUGAACAACCACAAGAUGACGUUUAGGUUCAUCAUAGCAACUGAAUCCAAGAUUUAUUCGGUAAGCAUCGAUCCUGUGAUUGUGGUACGUGAGUUACCCUUAGGCACACCUGGUUUAGAAUCUUUGGAACUUCAAAAGUUGGUUGAUUGCAAUGAAUUGUUGUUAUGUGGCAAGGAGAGAGGAGCCGUUGUUUUGAACCCAUGGCUAGGACAAAGUAGAUGGAUCGAGUCGAGUUUAAAACAUUUAGGACAAAGUAUGGUAUUUGAUGGCAUAGUAUGCAAUAAUAAGAAAUACAAGAUGGUUGCUUUUUCCCCUGCGAAGGAAGAUCACAUUGAUGACUUGUGGACAACUUAUGACUUUUACUCAGAUGUUUGGAUAGACUACAAGAGAAAAACUGGUAAGAGUAGUAUUAGCAUAAACACUGUUAGUUCUGAAACUGCUGUAUCCUUAAAUAGAACUUUGUAUUGGGUUUGUUUUCGUAACAAGACCGAUCCCUUGUGCUACAACAUUUUUAAAUUCGACUUUUGGAGCGAAAUAUGGAAUAGAUUUUGUAAUCUACCUUGCGGGAGAAACCAUGACGCGGAUGCUCUUGUCCUUAGAGUCUUUAUGGGAGAUCGGUUUGCUUUGUUAAAGCAAUGCAUUGUCACAAAGAAGAUUGAUAUUUGGGUGACCAAGGACAAGAUUAACUCUGAGGAUGGUGGUAAUGUGGUUUGGAUGAAUUUCAUGAGUUUUUCAAGUCCUAAUUUGCCGGAUUUAUCAGCGAACGUAGGCUACUAUCAGCCAAGUUAUUACAUCCAAGGUAUGAGGCUCGUGGUGUGUUCUUGUGACAACAAUGGUCAGGCUUGGAUCUAUCUUUUGGAGGAUGCUAAGUUGAUCAGUAAAACUCGUUUAGAUGAUGUUGUUGAUCCUUGGCCUAUGCAUUGUACCUUUGUUCCCAGUUUGAUACCGGUUCCUCCUUGA